AUUUGUAUUUUUCAUACCGCAUUUCAUCGUCAUUCGGGAACUGUUGAAGAAAAGUUGUGUUAUUUUUCAAUAAAAGUUUCUGCCGUCAAUUUUAUAAUAGAGCAAAAGUUUAUUUUUUUAUCGUUAACAAAAAAUAUAAAUAUUUAUUAAAAAACUUUUGAUCCUUUAGUUAAUUUUUCAAAGUGCUGGUUUGCCUAUCUCCCAAGGAGAAGAAAAUAAAAAGUGUUUUGUGAGAAUUUGUUAUAAAUUGUAACAUAAUGAGUGAUUUUAGUGGUUCAACAGCAGCCCAAAAUAAUUUAAAUCAAAGCCAAGCAUUUGCAGCAGCCUUACAAAGAGCUAAACAGAUUGCCGCUAAAAUUCAACCCAACCAACAACAAUCAAAUAAUGUAGGCGGCGGUGGUGGCGGCGGUUUCAAGCGUUCACAUGAUGAUUCGGAAGGAGGACCCGAAACCAAACGAUUUACUAGUCCUGAUGUUAACGAUUACGGUCACAAUAGCAAUUCUAAUAUGAGUGCAGGUGGGGGCUCUACUUCUGGUGGACCAGCUAAUAUGUCUCAGGCUUUGGCUCAAGCAGCCGCUGUGGCAGCGCGUUUAGCUGCCACUGCUGGAAACACAUGCGAGGAACAAUUACGCAUUCCAGACUGUCUUGUUAAUGUUUUUGUAGGUCGCGGGAGUAACGAGACUGUAGCCCAUAUACAAGGAGAUUCCGGUUGCAAAAUACAGUUGGGCCAAGAAGGUGACCGUGUUUUGACUUUAAGGGGGUCACGUGACUCAGUAACUAAAGGACGCGAACUUAUCCAGCAAUUAGCCAACCGUAAUGGCGGCGGCAAUGUGGAAGUGGUGUUAACUAUUAACAUGCCUCCGCCAGGGCCUACAGGCUAUCCGCCGUACCAGGAAAUCAUGAUACCUGGUACAAAAGUAGGUUUGGUAAUUGGUAAAGGAGGCGACACAAUAAAACAAUUGCAGGAAAAAACGGGAGCUAAAAUGGUUAUAAUACAAGAUGGACCAAAUCAAGAAGUUAUUAAACCUUUACGCAUUUCCGGUGAUCCUCAAAAAAUUGAGCAUGCUAAACAGUUGGUUUUGGAUCUCAUAGCCCAGAAAGACGCUUUACAACAACAACAAAACAGCAACCGACCUGGUUUAGGUACAAAUAACGGACCUAAUGGCGGCUAUAAUAACUUCGGGGGCGGUGGCGGUGAACAAUGCGAAGUGUUCGUUCCAAAAAUAGCUGUCGGAGUAGUGAUUGGUAAAGGAGGCGACAUGAUACGUAAAAUUCAAACAGAGUGCGGUUGCAAAUUGCAAUUCAUACAAGGAAAAAACGAUGAACCUGGUGACCGGAGGUGCUUGAUCCAGGGUACGAGGCAACAAGUGGAAGAUGCCAAACGUACCAUUGAUGGUUUAAUAGAGAACGUAAUGCAACGUAAUCGUAAUGGAAACGGGGGAGGGGCUGGCGGAGCGAUACCAGGCAAUGGAGGCGCCGAUAAUGGCAAUUCGAAUUAUGGCUAUGGUUAUGGCGUUAAUCACGCUCAACAACCAGCGCGAGAAGAAAUUACUUUCAUGAUUCCUGCCUCCAAAUGUGGAAUUGUUAUUGGACGCGGCGGUGAGACUAUAAAAUUAAUUAACCAACAAUCUGGUGCCUACUGUGAGAUGGAUCGCAAUGCUGUUAACCCGCCUUCAGAGAAAUUAUUUAAAUGUAAAGGCACAUCCGAACAGGUGGAAGCUGCACGUCAGAUGAUCGCAGAGAAAAUCAAUAUGGAUCUUAAUAUUAUCUCACGUAAAUCUAUAGCUGGAGGGCCACCAAAUAUACAAGGCUCGGCCGGUGGUUAUAACCCUAACGAUCCAAACAGCGCGAUGGCAGCAUAUCAACAGCAGUGGGCAGGCUACGCUCAACAAGGGGCAUGGGGUGAUCAAUCGCAGCAAGCAGGUAUGGCACAAGGUGCUCCGGGAGCGGGCGGACAACAAGCGGAUUAUUCGCAACAGUGGAUUAUAUAUUACAAAUCAAUUGGUAUGCACCGUGAAGCAGAAAUGAUUGAGCAGCAACUUAAAGCGAAACAAGUUGGUACAGGCCAAGCUCAACCCCAGCAAGCAGCAAACAAUGCCGUUAAUAACCCGGUCGCCGGUGUACCAGGUUCCGCUGCUCAAACGCAAGAUUACAGUGCUCAGUGGGCCGAAUACUAUCGCAGUAUAGGCAAAAUCGAAGAAGCUGAAGCUAUUGAGAAACAAAUGAAGGCUAAUAAUGCGGCGCCUGCAAAUAUUUCGCCAGCCACUGGUGGUGGUGUGUGUGCCGGUAACGCACCAGUCUCCGCUGCUGCUGCCGCGGCGGCAGCGGGCAGUGUUAAUGUUACUGGUACGACAAAUUCAAAUGCUGCCGUUGGCUCGCAAUCCAAGGAUUAUAGUGCACAAUGGGUUAAAUAUUAUCGCAGUAUAGGAAAACAUGAAGAGGCUGACAAUCUUGAAAAACAAAUUAAGGAUAAGCAACAAGGUAUACCUGGUAACAGUGCUGGUAGACCGAGUGGUAAUGCAGUCGCUAAUAAUCCAGUUAACACACAAGCGGGCGUAAGCGGAGCGGCAUCAUCUGGCUACGCCGAUUAUUCGCAAUAUUCACAAUAUUACGCAGCCGCAGCUGCCCAAGGAGGCUACGCCCAAGCUGGUAUGGCUGCUGGUGGUUAUGGAGGACCACAGCCUAGCUAUCCAGGUGCUCCCCAACCACCAGGUAGCGAUGCCAAUAAUCCGCAAGUUACCAAUCAAAAGAAGAAUGAUAAACAUUAAAAUAAAAGAAAAUAAUUUAUAAUAAUAGCAAUCAAAAUACAAAAUUAAGAGCAACGGCCAAUUUUCUCUGACAAAUUUCUUUUCCGACAUAAUGUUUUACUACUACAACAUCCUCCUCUCCCCAGGCAGAAAAAAGUAUCUGAAAACAGAAAGAACUCUGUGUUGUGAAUUACUCUCCAUUGCGACAUUAUGAAAUAUGUGUGUAUGAGUGUGCGUUUAUGUAAGAAUUUUGAAAUAAUAUUUCUCUUUGUAGAUACUUUAAGCGAAAAUAAUUGAUACAUAGCUAUUUGUUGUUAUUCGAUCAUUUAAUACAAAAACUCGAAAAAAUGAAAACUUCUAUUAUUAGUUUUCCUUUUUUUUUAUUUAAAAACGGCCGUUUUUAAUAUAAA